UUAAUUUCGAAUGUGCACAAAAAAGUUACAUGACCAAAUGGACGCAUAAAGUACAUAACGGAACAUAGCUAAAUGUAACCAAACGUACAGCAGCAAUAAUUUUACCACACUUCCAUGCCUUUUGGUAAAAUUAGGUAGAACGACGCUAAUACUGCACAUAUACAUAUGUAUAUUGGAAUAUUCCCUAUGCGUGUCUGUUGUGAGCAUGUGUGCAGUAUUGAGUUGUGCCGAAGCAGCAAGUACAACAACAGCUGCUGAAAGAGUUUCGACAGGGAUUUCAUGUUUGGCUAUAACUUCCUUUCAAAUUGGAUAUCAUGAAAAAACUUAACAAAAGGCCAAAUAAGCACUAACCGGAAGUAAUUGAAAAAAAUCCAAGAAUUACGGGAGCUGUGGAAUAUAGCGAGGAGCGAGCGGAAGGAAAGAGCUGAUUAUACAUACGGAACGGAAAAUGGGGGAGUGCAUAAAAAAUAAAAUAAACUUGCCUAGCGUACAUAUGUAUGUACAUAUAUGGCAUCUGUGUACAAAAUUUGGUGUUUCUAGCUCUUUUAGUCUCUGAAAUCAAAUUGGUCAGCGUGUAUGCGUUACGACCCCCUUUUAGUUGCGCCCCUGUCUGCAAUCAGCUGUUCAAAGCGACCGCAACAUAUGUUGGUUGAGCAAUCACUUGGAAGUGGGAAAUGUUAAAGCGAAGUGGAAAUGUUGUCAGCAUUGUAUAGAAGAGCUCCUGGUCAGUUCUUGUGUCGAAGUUUUUUCAAGUUCGGCAAAAACAAGGAAGACAUCGGGGAAUGGCAAAAGAUCUUCGAAGCCGGCAAAGUUUCCCCAGAGCGAGAGGUGCCCGACAACAUAGAGAAGCCUCCAUACUAUUACCAGAUAAACUCCGUGCCUGGCAAUACGUUGGGUAGCACGGAAAUUAAGAAUGCACAGCAGAUACAAUUUAUGCGGGGAAGUGGCAAACUGGCAGCCCAGAUCCUACGAUAUUGUGGGGAGCUGGUGAAGGUAGGCAGGAGCACGGACGAGAUUGAUGGCAUUGCCCAUGAGCGCAUCAUUGCUGCGGGUGCAUAUCCCUCGCCACUACGCUAUGCUGGAUUCCCCAAGUCGAUCUGUACUUCAGUCAAUAAUGUGGCCUGCCAUGGGGUGCCGGAUGAUCGGCCUCUCGCCGACGGCGACAUUAUUAACAUCGAUGUGACGGUUUAUCUCAACGGCUAUCACGGAGACUGCUCGAAAACGUUUCUCGUGGGCAACGUAGACGAGCGGGGUAGAUUUCUGGUGGACUCGACACGCGAAUGUCUCAACAUGUGCGUUGCUCUCUGCGGUCCGGGUGUGCCCUUCAACCACAUCGGUCGAUUUAUUGAGAGGUACUGCAAGGAACGCAAUCUGGAGUCCAUAGCCGCAUUCAUUGGCCACGGCAUCGGCAGCUAUUUUCAUGGACCUCCCGAGAUCUAUCAUCAUCAUAAUGACGCUCCGGGUAAGAUGCAGCCUGGCAUGACAUUCACCAUUGAGCCCAUACUAAGCUUAGGCGGACCAGAUAUUGCAUUGCUGGAGGACGGUUGGACGGCGGUUAGCUUAGAUGGAGCACGGAGCGCGCAAUUCGAACACACAGUACUCAUCACUGAGACGGGUGUCGAAGUGCUUACCAAAGUGGAUUAAAUAAACGUUAUUUUAAGUCAUAAAAUAUUGUUGAAGAAUUCUUUUCGGAAUUUAUUACAUUCUUCAGAUUUGUUAAUCAUUAAACUAUAUAAUUUUAAAACUAUUGAAAGCAAA